AAUAUGGACGAAACUGGCUUUUGUAUUAGCGUUUUAAACGGAAAAUUUAUUAUUAUAUACCUUAAUACGAAAGCUAUCUAUUUGGCAGAUCCAGAUAAUCGAGAAUUACUUACUAUAAUUAAAACUAUAUCCGCUGGCGGCGAAGUAAUUAUAUUAUUCCUGAUUUUAAAGAGGGAAAUUCUAUUAGAGAAAUACUUUAAUAAUAAUCUUAAUACCGAAAUAGUAUUUAUUACGAGCUCGACUAGAUAUAUAAAUAAUAUUCUUAGCCUGAAAUAUAUUAAGUAUUUCUAUAAUCAGAUAUAUAGAUAUAUAUAA